CUCUUUCACUUUCUAUGACACUCACUCCGCAUGAAAGCAUUGAAAAAUAUUCGUAAAGCCUUCAAGUAUCAGCGGAUCCCUACUUUCCAGCACGGCACCCUGUCUGCUCAGGAUCGAUUUACCGGGGAAGAGAGCGACCCUAUUGAUUCCGAGGAGGAGGAUGGAGGAGAGAAAUCCUUGUCAUUGAGCGACAGAACGUACUCCGCGACCGAGGAGAUGCCUGACAAUUACGGCCUAGCAAACGACUCGAGAUCAGCGUGCAACACCUCAGCGUCAAGUUUGAUCCAGUCUUCAUUACAUCAGACAGUCGUCCAAGAGAAAGGAAUCCUCCAGGACCUCUCGGAGAACAUGCACGAGGAAGUGUAUGAUUUGAAAGGGAAGUUAUCUUCGAUAGAGGAAGAGAAAUCGAGACUCAUGUCUUCCCUAGAGAGACAGAACGAGAUCAUUCGACGUCUGCAAGAAGAAUUGGAAUCAUACAGAUCAGGUUUUGCCGAUUGUGGCAAAACCUCAGAGGUGGGUCUGCAGGUGGAUUCCGCGGUUUUGGAACCUGGUUAUUCAUCGGAAUUGGAACUGGAGAUAAGUAAGCUCAUAGCUGGUACGAUGGAGAGGACGUAUGAAGUGAGGCCACAGGCGAAACCACAUCGAUUGUUGAUGGGAGAUGGUCAUCAUGGGAAGUCUCUGCGAUUGACCGGAGGAGUAGAUCGCUCUCAAAUCCUCUCUUCCCCCCAAGGUGACGAUCGAGGUCAAGGACUAGACUCGUCCAGGAAAAUGAAGGGCCGUUUUUCCUCCAGCCAUCGACGUCAUCACGAGCGACUAGACCUUCAUUCGGACGGAGAUCGGCGGCAGCGUCGCCAUCAACGCCGUCGAAGCCCAAGGAAUCCACGGUUAAAGAGGAGCAACGAGGAGGAAUCUAGGGAUGAAGCCAGCCGAGACGAAGAGGAAGAGGACGAGAGAGAGAGUGGGAAAGAGCAGAGAUGCAGAGAUGAAAGGGGAGACGAAGAAAGAAGCCUUGAAACGGAAGAGGAGAAAAGGAUCACCACGACGACCACCUCCAGGCUUCCAGCAUAUAUUCACGAUAGACGGACUCCCUGUCCCACCCCUCUGAGGGCUGAUCAUCGGCAACCGGUCUGGUUUAUGGGUAAAAUCAAAGCUCUCAUCGGGGAUAAAAAGCGGAAAUGGGAUGCGUACAAGCGGACGGGAGAUAGCACGGACUAUGAGGAAUAUAAGAGGAUCACGCGGAAGUUGAAGCGGGAAAUUAGAUCUGCGAGACGGGAGGUCGAGGAACGGCUGGCUAGCGAUGCUAAGAAGAACCCUAGGGCUUUUUAUCGGAAGGAGAUUCCGAAGGAGAACGGAGAGGGAAAGGAAAUGAAGGUCAAGAAAGGACGUAAAGAAGAAAGGAAAGAUGAAGACGAUACGUUGGAAGGCUGGAGGGAAUCCGAACUGAUGGGCUUCCGAGUUCCAACUUUCGUCGAAGGUCGACAGAAAAGGGACAAAGGUCGAAGUUCUCAAACGAGUGGCUCUAGAGGUUCGAUGAGUAGACUCCAAGGAAUCCUGGGCUCCGUCACGUCUGCCUCCACCUCCUCUCACCCACGCAGCAAAUUCCACCCUUUCCCUCAAAAAGGGCCAAGAGAAGGAAAGAAAGGGGGGAAGACUAGGAAAGGAAAGAGGAGGAAUCGGCAGGAGGAAAAUGAGACACUCUUUUAUCCCCUCUGCCCCGGCCACAUCUUCGCCGACUUCUAA